ACGACAGACCCCUGCGACGGAACGUAUUUCAUACUACACAACGGCGGCCUUCUUGAGCGCUGUAAUUUUUUAAUACUAGGUGGAGGAUUUGUUUCCAGAAUCCAUCACCGUCAUGAAACUUGUCCGGUUUUUGAUGAAGCUCAGCCAUGAGACGGUCACCAUUGAACUGAAGAAUGGAACCCAGGUCCACGGCACCAUCACAGGUGUCGAUGUGAGCAUGAACACUCACCUGAAGGCAGUGAAGAUGACUCUGAAGAACCGGGAGCCCACACAGCUGGAGUCUCUGAGUAUCCGCGGCAAUAACAUCCGGUACUUCAUCCUGCCCGACAGCCUGCCGCUGGACACCCUGCUGGUGGACAUCGAGCCUAAGGUCAAGUCCAAGAAGAGGGAAGCAGUGGCUGGUCGGGGCCGAGGCAGAGGCCGUGGCCGUGGCAGAGGCAGGGGCCGGGGUCGCGGGGGACCCAGGAGAUGAACACCACAGCGAUGCAGUUCUUUGCCGUCGCCUCACUGUUUGUACAGGAUUUUCUUUUGUUCUUUUUUUAAUGCAAGGAAUGUGUGAAUUCCAUGUGAUUAUUUUUUUUUCUUUUGGUUUUUCCUAUUUUGUAUAUUAAAAUGUUCUCCUUGAACACAGAAACGUUUAUCUUGGAUUUAUUUUAUGAUUUAUUUAUGCAGUUGGUCAUUCUAUAGUUUGGUGAUUUCGUUUUUGGCCUAUAUUCAUUACAUUGGCCUUGGCUGUAUGAGAUUUCACUAAAAGUUAUGAAAAUCGGUACCAUGAAGUUAAAGAAUAUGGUGUUUCAUGGGUAACGGUUUGCCUACCAACCGUCAUCGAUGACAAACUACCUGGUGAUGAAGAAACAUUUGUUCUGACUAAAAAUCGUUGGUAUUGGAUUGUUACAGACUUUGACUUGGUAUUAUUAGAAUGGAAAUACAAUUUCUCAUAGUUAAUGUAAAGUACAUGUGCUGGUCCACAUACCCCGAGCAAUAGGAUAUAACUGCUCAACCAAUCAAAAUAUGUAGGAGGGGAAAACUGACUUUAGCCACAAAGUCCAACUGAUGACUGCUGAUUCAACAUCUGUGGUGUACAGUGUCAUUUCCACGUGUGCCAAUUAAUUAAUUAAUUUCAUCCGGAACAACCUUAUGGGAACUCACUCCCAAAGAUAUUAACUGGAGCCCUACCAACUCCUCAGAUUAAGUUUUGUUUUAAGCAUGCACCACAGUUGUUGCUGAAAGCGACAUGUGGAACGCAUGGAGCACCAUAUCCCUUCCUGGAGAUCAUCCUGACCACUUAACCCCACAUUCGGUUUGUGGGGUGGCUAGAAAAGGUCUGAGCAAAAGGAACCAUCUAAACGGCUGACGGACCACGUUGGUGCGUUCAGCUGAGAACAGCCAUCAGUAAAACAGUCUUCCAGGUAACAUAUUUUGGGGCCCCCGAGUGAGAUAUAGUUAAAUCCUCACAGGAGAUGAUUAGGUACAAAUGUAACUUGGAUAAAGACGUGCGUGUUAUCACAGACUGAUGUAUUGAGAUGGUACCACUGGCUGAUGGUGACGGAGAAAACUCCGCCCAGUCUGGUUAUGUAGUAGGCUGCCGCCUUUCACAAGCACGCAGUGUACUUUUUCAAAAUAAAAGCCUAACUUGGGAA